CGCCGCGUCACGACACAAGCCUUAACAUUUCACUGCGACUUUUAUACGUGGCUCCACUUGCUCUGGAGCAGCACAGGCGAUGACAGCUCACGAACACACAGACGGAAAGAUGUGGGACACGACCGAGGAGGUGGACGCGCUGCUGGGACCGUGCGCCGUCAUCAUGCGCAGAAUCGGUAUGUGGCAGCCGCCGGGCGGCGAACCCGCGGGCGCCAAGCUUCUGGUCACGGCCGUCUUGCUGCUCAUAAUGAGCUCCGUCAUCAUCGGGGGCUUCGUGAAAAUCAUCGUCGACCCGCCGCCUGACUUCGAUACCACCAGCGAGGGGCUCUUCACGGCCGCCUGCACCUUCACCUGGGCAGUUAGGAUAGUGUCGAUUCUAGUACGGCAGAACCGAGUUCAGCAGCUGGUGGUGGAUGUGCUGAACAUGAGGAAGCGGUUCACAGAAGACAGCGCAGACCUACGCAGGUCCUACCACAGGCGCUCGAUGAUCGUCUGCGUUGUUUGGAUGAUUUUCCCUCUGGUUGGCAUGCCGAUGUGGUUUGUAGAACCUGCCCUGGCCAAGACGCUGAUAACAACGCCUGAAAACACCACAAUAGUCAUACGGAAAACUCCGCUCCUUAUCUGGAUGCCUAUAGACACGCAGACGCAUCCAAACUACGAAAUAACGUACGUCUUUCAGCUCUUCAUGCUCGCUACAGUGGUACAGGUGAACGUCGUAGUUGACCUUUUCUUCGCCUGCUUAAUGGUCAAUGUAACAGCCGACAUCGCUAUACUGAACAACAUCAUCGCAAACAUGCGCCUGCAUAAAGAAGAUGGGCUCGUGAAGAAGUCUGCAGAAGGAGACAAGAUAUCUACUGCAUGGGAAAUCACGUACAAGAGCAAGAAGCCGGUGGCCGAGAAAGGUGAACCGUAUGACGAGAAUGCAGCCGUGCAGACACAGUACGACGCCGAGCCUAGCACACAACUCUACAGGACGUUAGUGAAGAACAUUCAGCACCAUCAAAUUAUAAUGUCAAUCAUCAACGACUUGGAAUCUCUGAUGAGUGAAUCGAGCGUCCUCAUGCUGGGCGUAAAUUCAGUAAACAUCUGCUUACAAGGCCUUGGAUUUGUGGACGCUUUCCGUCCGGGCGCGAAGAGAUCAACCGUUCUGAAGAAAGUGCUGACUUUCCCAGCAUACAUCAACCAGACUGCCCACUUUUGCUGGUACGGCCAGGAAAUCAUAGACCAGAGCGAGCGGCUUCUGGAGUCUGCCUUCAGUUGUGGCUGGCCAGAGGCGGACAAGCGUUUCUGCAGCACCCUGCGCAUCUUCAUGCUACAGGUGUCACGCCCUCUUAAGCUGCAGAUUGGGAAGGUAUUCACUCUCUCCAGGAACCUUUUCCUUCAGAUUUUGAACACAUCGUAUACGAUCUUCAACAUGAUGAUUAACUUCUAAAGGUGAACUUGGCGCUGUUUUUCUUUUGCCUUCAUGCCGCUGUUUAUUUCAAGCAUCACCCACGUAAACUACUAAGUAAAAUACAAAUGCUAGUAUUUAUAUCACACUUGACUGGGUCUUU